AGAGAGGAACGGUUCCAUAUUGCAACAUUGCCCAAAUAACGGCCCUCAAUUUAAAUACAUAGAAAAAAUUCUUUCAAAAUAUUUUCCAGGAACAGCAAAGCCAUUAUUGAUCAUAUUUGACAUAUGGGAGCAUCUCUACAGAGGAGAACAGAACAUUUUAUUUUUAAUUUAGAGCCCACAGCAGACAAGUAUGAGAUUAUUACAAUAAUAAGGAAAAGGACUACUCUGAUCAUGGACCCCCGUACCAGUGCCCAGGACGUGAUGCGAUGUGACCUGUGUGAGACCGCUGUGGUACAGAUGCACUGUGAUACAUGUCUUGUCAACCUGUGUAAGGCCUGUGUGGGAGAACACAUGGUAUCUGAUCAAUCCAAAAAACAUGAAGUUGUUCAAUUCAAGCUUAGAAAAUCUACGCUGCUCUUCCCUGGGUGUAAAAUUCAUGACAAACAACAAUGCACAAUGUACUGUAAUCAAUGUGACAUUCCUGUAUGUGAUACCUGCCUUGCUUCUGAUCAACAUCUAGGUCAUAAAUUAUCAAAAAUAUUACAAAUUAUCGAUGAAAAAAAGGAAAACAUCAUUAAAGAAAAAAUUGAGCUAAAUGACACAAUAUACCCAACCUACCAGGACAUUGCCUCUGAUGUACAAAACAGAAUGAGUCAGUUAGAAAAGGAAUAUGGAGAUCUCUCAACAGCCAUAACGAAACAUGGAGAGGACUGGCACAGAGAAAUUGACAAACUUGUCAAGAAACUUAAAGCUGAAGUUGAUGAGAUGAAAAACACACAGUUAAAUACUCUUCAGAAACAUCUGGAUGAAAUAAACAAGACAAUGUCUGACAUCAAGGAUGAAAUUGAAUCAAUUGAUCUUGCUGUGGAAUCUAAUGACAAGUCAAAACUAUUUAAAUUUACAUCCAGUGUAGAAAGAUAUAGAAAACUUCCACAAAAAAUUCUGCCAUCUUUACCUACAUUCACGCCAUGCAAAAUCAAAGGACAAGACCUUAAGAAAAUAUUUGGAACUGUAUCAUCGAGUUCUCCUACAUCAGAUAAACAUGGCUACAGUAUGAAGUCAACACAGAAAUCACCAGAAGCUGGAUCUUCUCCUCCAGUCAAACAGCUGCUGGAUGAACCAGAGACUGUCACCACCAUAGACACUGGGUAUGGAUACCUUUACAAUGUGACUUGUCUGAGUGAUGAAGAAAUCUGGACAAAAGGAAGUGACAGUACCAUGAAACUUUUCAGCAUCAAUCGGGGAUCACUACUAAAGUCAAUCACAACCAAGUCAGGGAAAAUACCAUCUAACAUAGCAGUGACAAAAAGUGGAGAUCUAGUUUAUACUGAUUAUGCUGAUAGAACUGUGAACAUUGUGAAGAAUGAGAAGAUAGAGGAGGUGAUCAAAUUACAGAACUGGAGACCUUGGAGUGUCUGUAGUACCUCCUCUGGUGACCUCCUGGUUAUCAUGGAAAGUGAUGAUUACAAACAAACAAAAGUUGUCCAUUACUCUGGCUCCACAGAGAAACAAACCAUUCAGUUUGAUGAUCAAAGUAACCCUCUCUAUUCAUCAAGUGGUUAUAUCAUACACAUAACCGAGAACAGGAACCUGGAUAUCUGUGUGUCUGAUGAGGGAGCUAGAGCAGUAGUGGGGGUCAAUCAGGCCGGGAAACUGAGAUUCAGGUACACUGGACAUACUCCUGGUCCAAAGUACAAACCAUUCAAUCCACUAGGAAUAACCACAGACAGUCAGAGUCACAUCCUUACAGCUGAUUAUUUCAAUGACUGUGUCCACAUCAUAGACCAGGAUGGACAGUUCCUCCGUUACAUAGACUGCGGACUGUGUAAUCCCUAUGGACUGUGUAUAGAUACAAAUGACAAUCUGUUUGUUGCUCAGUAUAGAAACAGACAAGUGAAGGAAAUCAAAUAUAUAAGUAAAAUUUAACAGUGUACCAGUACAUAUUAAAAUGUUUUAAAAAUAAAUUUUUUUUGUG